AUGUGGUGGGAGGGAGAGGCCAGCCGGGGGUAUAUUGGGUGGAGGGUUGUCCCAGGUCAGGGGGGCACAUGCGAGGUAAUUGCGGCUCACAGAUGUUGUAACAAGAAUCGAAUUGAAGAACGCUCUCAGACAGUCAAGUGCUCCUGCCUCCCUGGGAAAGUCGCCGGGACCACGCGGAACAGACCCUCCUGUGUGGACGCAUCCAUAGUAAUUGGGAAGUGGUGGUGUGAGAUGGAGCCUUGCCUGGAGGGAGAGGAAUGCAAGACGCUGCCUGACAACUCGGGCUGGAUGUGCUACGCCGGCAACAAGAUCAAAACCACCAGGAACUCUCAGCCAUACCCAACAACAGCAUCAUAUUAG